UGCGCUCCAUUCUCAAGUGGGAUUUGAGUUGUACUGUGGUCAAAUUAUGAUAACUCUAUGGUUCUACCAGGGUGUAAUGUAAUUGUUUAGAUAUGAUGGAUAUACUCAGUUGACAGGUAGUGUCAUAAGUGGUAGUUUAAGGAUAGUGAACAAGAUUUUUGCUAAGUGACAACGCCGACAGUUUCAAGAAGUCAACAACUCCUGUGUGGACGGAGCUUUCGGUGCUCAACAGACAACGUAGGACGGCAAAACAACAUGAACAAGAUUGUGGAGCUACUGCUUAUGCUGUGUCUUCUACCACUCCUCAGGAAUGUCGGCUGUGACGUGUUUGAGAGGCAGGCUUUGGCAGACAUAAGCCACUCACUGGAUGACUUGGAGGAAGUAGAAGAGAUGCUGGCAUGGAAAAGGGAAGAGCAAAUUCUACAGUCGACGCGUUUGCCAAACAACGUCAUACCUCUCCACUACGACUUGCGACUGGAAGUGGAUCUGCAGGAGUUUGUCGUGCUCGGCCGCGUGACCGUCACCGUGCGAUGCCAAGUCCCCACCUCCUACAUCCUGCUUCAUGCUUCGGACAAGUUGGAAAUCGUUGGAGGGGAUUCCCAACCAAUUUUGCAAGGGCAAGAUGGUGACGCCUCUCCCACCAUUAUUUCUUGGUCACUGCAUUCAGAAAACGACUUCCUAUUGCUGAAGCUAGACGGUGAACUCACCAAAGAUGGCGUCUACAACCUGAAGAUCCAUUUUAGGAAUGUCCUCAGUGACCAUCAGUUUGGGCUGUAUCGGUCCUCCUACAUCAACAAAAACAAGCAGAAAAGAUACCUGGUGACAACUCACUUCGAGCCGACAGGGGCGCGAAAGGCUUUUCCAUGUUUUGACGAACCUGCCCUGAAAGCCACGUUCAAAGUGACUCUCAUCCACCAAGCUGAGUACCAGGCAAUGUCAAACAUGCCGGUAGAACGUAGCGUCAAGAGAGAAGACGGCUGGGUCAAAGAUCAUUUCAUGACGUCACCCAAGAUGGCGACCUAUCUCUUCGCAUUUGUUGUGUCUGACCUUACGUCAGUGGGGCUCAAGACAAGGUCGGGGAUUGAGAUCAAUGUAUCAGCCCGACCAUCAGCCAUAGCGGAGGGAAAGGGAGCCUACUCUCUGGGCAUCUCCGAGAAGAUCCUCACUUAUUUUGGGGACUACCUGGGCGUCUCUUACCCUCUACCAAAAUUAGAUCUUGCUGCGAUUCCCGACUUCCCCAUGGGAGGGAUGGAGAACUGGGGUCUCAUCAUGUUCGAGGAGACAGCUCUGCUGUACGACGCCGAGGCUCCGUCCGCAAAGGCUAAACAAAAAGUCUCUCACGUGGUAUCACAUGAGCUGGCACAUAUGUGGUUUGGUGACCUGGUGACCAUGAAGUGGUGGGAUGGAAUCUGGCUGAACGAGGGAAUUACGUCCUACUUUGAAAGGCUCGGAGCGGAUUUUGCUGAACCAGACUUGAAAGUGCUGGACCUGCUUACAUGUGAAGUGAGGGCAGCCAUGGAAAAGGACUCUCUGGCUUCCUCACGUCCUGUCUACCAACCGGUCCACCGAACGAGCGAAAUUGGAGAACUUUUCGAUGACAUCACAUACUUGAAGGGAGCAUCACUGAUGAGAAUGCUGCACCAUUCUGUUGGAGAGAACAUCUUCAGGAAAGCCUUCCAGAACUACCUGCAAAACAAUGCGUACAGUAGUACCAUCCAAGAACAGCUGUGGGAGGAGUUCACACAGGCUUUGGCUCAAGAUGGGCAGUCGGAUCUCAAUGUGAAGUCCAUGAUGGACACAUGGACUCUCCAGAUGGGGUAUCCGGUUGUAACCUUCACCAGAGACUACAGCAGUGGCAAGAUGGACGUAACUCAGCAACACUUUCUUAAAGAUGCUUCUGCUAGCAGCAACGUGCCAGACUCAAAGUUUGGAGGUCAACGCUUUUCUCAUUAUCUAGAUACCAAGGUCAUUGAUCUGGAGGGAGCGGGCACAGAAGAUUGGAUUCUGGGAAACGUGGAGCAAGUCGGGUUUUACAGAGUGAACUACGACACCAAGAACUGGAGACUUCUCAUCAACCAUCUCAGGAGCGAUCGAUUCCAGGACAUACCUGCAGUCAACCGGGGGACACUUGUGGAUGAUGCCCUAAACCUAGCCAGUGCGUCUAUGCUGGACAUCACCGUUGCUCUUGACCUAUCACAGUACCUGGUUCGAGAACGGUCGCACGUGGCAUGGGAGUUGGCAAAGUCAGCUCUGGGCUACAUAAGCGAUAUACUCAGCUCUGGAACGGACGUUUACAAGAAAUGGCAGGACUACAUGGUUCACCUCAUCACCCUGUUCUACAAUGAUGUCAGCUGGACUGAUGAGGAACUCACCUUUCAAGAGGAGAUGGGACAAGUGGUAGCGGUGGACAUUGCCUGUGAGAACGGCCAGCACGACUGUGUAGCACGAGCCAAGGCUCUCUUCGCACGCUGGAUGGACACUAACGACAACAGCCACAUACCAGAGAGACUGAAGAAGACUGUCUACUGCACGGCUAUAGAAUAUGGCGGUAAGGCGCAGUGGGAGUUUGGCUGGCAGCGUUACCAGCAGGGUGACACUACUGAGCAACUCUACCUGCUCUCAGCACUGGCCUGCACAAAGGACAUGGACAUACUGAAAAUGUAUUUAGAGAAAAGCAAGGACAAGAGCCAAAUUCGUCAGCAGUACGCGGCUGAUGUCAUCCAGGGAAUUGCAGACAAAAAAGCAGGAAAAUCUGUCGCCUGGGAAUUCUUUGUCGACAACUGGGAGGACUUCUACUUCAAGAGCUUCAAUGAGAACGGGGCAUUGCCCUCUAUAGUGGAAAAGAUUCCCCAGCACUUUUGCACUGACAAGGACCUUGAAAACCUGCUGUUGUUCACCAAGGACCGUGACUUGGGAACCGCCGCCCGCACCUUCCAACAGGCAGUGGAGUCAACACAAGCAAACAUAAGAUGGAGACAGAACAACCUGGACAAGGUGCAGAAAUGGCUGGAGGAGAAAACACUUAGUACUUAAUCACAGCUUGAGUUCCCCAUUCUCGAUCCUUUGCCAAUGAUUAAAUUCUCUGUAAACCAUUCCCACCUAAAAGUGGGCU